AUGGAUGGCUGUACCCGUUUUAGAAGUUCAAACGGCCAGCUGUGUGAGCUAGGGUUUCAAAGCCUUCCACAGAUCUAUUCCAUUCACCGUGGUCCUCAUUCGCCCCAAUCCAACGGCUCAUCGUCGCCGCAUCUCACUCGUCCGUUUACCUCCCUAGCUUGCAUCUCACCGUCCUGCAAAACUUGGACGUCCUCCGCUCGCCUCUCACAGUUCAGAGUUUCCCAGUUCAAUCUGAUUCGUUGCUCUUCCCGGAGGUCGCACGCCAACCAAGCAGACAUCCAAGUCAACAAGGUUGUUCCACUACGUUGCUGUGGCUGGUUGAAAAGGUCACUUAUCAUGGCGCAGCAGCCUGGUAUGAUAAAUAUCCCCGGUCAGCCAGGCCAGAUGGCCUAUGCUGCUGCGAUGGGUCAACCUACAAUGGCUCCUCACAUGAUGGCACAGUACCAGACGAACCCCUCUUCAGCAGCCGGUGUUGCUGGGUCCGUGCCUGCUGCUCAGGUGGGGUCGCUACCCGCUGGCGCUCCUGGGUACCAGCCUCAGGCGCUGCAGCAGCAGUUGCAAUAUCAGCACCUUCAGCAGCAACACCAGCAGCAGCUGCAGAGCUUCUGGCAGCAACAGAUGCGUGACGUGGAGCACGCGAAUGAUUUCAAGAACCAUCAGCUUCCGCUCGCUCGUAUUAAGAAGAUCAUGAAGGCUGACGAGGACGUUCGGAUGAUAAGUGCAGAAGCGCCUGUGGUCUUCGCGAAGGCUUGCGAAAUGUUCAUUUUGGAGCUCACCCUGCGUUCCUGGAUCCACACCGAAGAAAAUAAGCGUCGUACCCUGCAGAAGAAUGAUAUUGCUGGCGCUAUAACGCGUACGGACAUUUUCGAUUUUCUGGUAGACAUUGUCCCUCGUGAUGAGUUGCGUGAAGAAGGAGGCGUGGUAGGAGCCGUUGGGGUCGGGGCUGGUGCAGCAGCCAGCGCUUUGGGUGCCGUGCCUCGCCCACCUGUAGGUAUGCCUGGCACUGCAGAUCUGCCGUUUGGUGGCAUGUAUUAUAUGCCACAGACUGCUGCACCAACCGCGGCCACCAUGCAGCAGCCUAAUGCAGCCAUUAUGGCACAGCAUCAGAUGAUGGUCAACAGGCAUGCUAUGGGAAUGGAUCCUUCUCUGAAGCUUCCGCGGUACAACGGCGCAUCCUGUCCGUUCAUCCGGUCGUCGCACAACUGCCGGCGGCAGGGACGGACGAACUUCGACUAUCAGAAGCUGCAGUGGUGGCCCAUUGGUUGCAAAGUGCAACGCCUCACCCCAACUCGCCUGGUGCAGCAGUUUAAGAACAAGCUGGUGGUGGUGCUGGGGGAUUCCGUCUCCAAGAACCUUGCGGACUCUAUCAAGUGCACGCUGCAUGUCGCCAUGCCCCAAUCCAUUAAGACGUUCCGCCUUGCUAGUGGAAAGACCGAGCUCGUAGGGACGUGGAUCCCUCGCUACAACAUCCGGUUCGUGUCAGUGUUCUCAACGCACCUCAACAACGCCACGUCCCUGGAGGGUCAGCCCAACGCUCAGGACAUCAAGGCGCUGUGGCAGCAACCCGACAGCACUGAGUCACCAGGGGGAAGCAGCACGGAUACGAAUGGAACGGCCGAUGGGGUUGCAAGGAGUGCUGACAGGGUGGAGAGGAUUGAGACGAUGGCCAAUCAGCAGUCACAACGCAUCCACCUGGACCAAUUGGAUCCGCGCGUCGUGGAUCUCCUGCCAGUGGCUGAUAUCGUCAUUUUCCAGGCCACUAAUUGGUGGUACUCCCCCUUGAACCAGUACUACCUCAAGAACCGUCGAGUCAACCUGACUCGCAACGCUGCAUACGCCAUCGGUCUCACCACUCUAAGGAACUAUGUCACCCGCUCGGCCCUCGCGGCUGCUCGCGGCUUCAAGGGUUUCAAGGGGAAGGCGGUGCUGCUGGGGGCGUCGCCCUCCCACUACAAUAUACCCGUACCUGGGGUCAAACCGGGGUUCUGUGAAGUGCAGGAGAUGAUGACGAUGCCGCAGACGGUUGAGUUCCGCAGAACCGAUGUGAAGACGAACGUGUUCAGAGAAAUCCAGAGGCGUGUGCUGAGGAACUCGGUGAUUCGCUAUAUGGACAUUGGGCCAAUGAGUGACUGGCGUCCGGAUGGGCACCUGCAGAACUGGAUAGUGGUGGGUCGACCAAGAAGAAUGAUUGUCUGCACUGGUGUGAGGCUGGGGUCACGGAUGCAUGGUUGGAGAUGA